AGCGGAUGUGACGUCGUGCACGUUCGCUUCUCCGCCAGUGUUUUUUUAAAAAAAGCGGCGGUUGCUUUAUUUUGGUUCGCUGUUUGCCGAAUGUUUUCGUCAGGUUUCCUUCAGCACGAUAACAAAUAGCUUCUGGUGUUGUCCUCGUUUUUGGGACCAUGCUGCAGCAGCAGAGUCCUGAGGACCGAGGCCUUCUGGGCCCUUUGUGUCAUGGGGGGAGGAAGCUGGAGGGGAAGACCUUCUACCUGGAUGAUGUAAAGAACAACUUGGCAGCCCUGCUUUCGGAGGCCGUGUCCGUUCUUGGAGGUAAAGUUGAGAGUUUCCUACACAAGGAUGUGAGUUUUGUUGUGACUGGGAGCCAUGAAGGCCAGAAGUGUGUAGCUCCUAAAGCAGAGGCAAAGGCGAAAAGUAUAAAAGUUCAUUGUCCCAUCAAGCAGGAGCAUGCCCUCAGCUGCAGCGAUAAACAGCGAGCAGUCAUGCCUGGAUCAGUGGCAUGUGUUAGUCGGGGGAAGGCUCUGCUGGAAAAGGCCAUUCGCAACAAUGAUCGAUUGCAGAAGAACAGUGUACUGACCAAUGCCCAGUUGUGGGGAGUGAAGAUUUUGUAUGCAGACGAUGUCUUUGUGUAUUUGAAACAGUUGGUACGAGAGACUUUCAACACUAAACAAAAGAAAGCAGAGAGGACUAGUGCCAAACAGCAAAGCAGUCGUGUUGUGAAAGCUACAGCAUUGAGGCCACCUUACCUUAAAGUUGAAGACUUGAGCAGGAAAUACAAACCCUUGCAUAUGCAGUCUACAACCUUCCCAUCCGUUUGCUAUUCUGGACGAUUCAGCCCUUUUGAGUCACCUCCUCAGCUUGAAAGAGAGGGAAAGCAAGAAGGAUGUAAACACAGGGGGAGAAAUAAGGUUGAAUGCAGCAUACAGGACAAAUCUCAAUCACUACUCAGUUGUAAUCCUUCACCUUGGCGACGACGCAAAAAGGAUCCAUCUUAUUGUGAAUGCUGUCAUCAGUCCUUCACUAAUCUAGAGGAGCACUUGCAGUCUGAUCAGCACCGUACCUUUGUGUUGGAUUCCACCAACUACAGUGUGUUGGACCAACUUGUGGCAGAAAUGCUUCCAGGAUUCAACCCUAGUCCAUUGCAACAGCCAGAAGAAUCAGUGAACACAUCAACAUCUUUGUCCAGCCGAGACACCGGUCUCUGUGAACUGGAGCUUUUCAGUGGUGUUGAGACUGAGCACGCUGUUCAAGCUCUGCACAUACAAGCAUUCAAUGCGAAGGUUUCCAGCUCUGAUAAGGGUGGUGUUUAUUUUGGCACAGUCAGCCCAUCUCCAGGUUCUCCAUUUCCCAUCCCUGAGCCAGAUAAUCCAAUUACAGACUGCCAGGAACCCCACAGCCCACCUGAGGAUCUAAACCCAGGUUUAUUGUUAUUGGAUGCUGGACCACUCGUUCACUGCUCAGGAGAACAGUAUUCUGAGGGAGCACAUCUCUCCCCCUGUGAUGAUGUCUGUCCCUCCAUUCCUGACCCUUGCUCACUGCCUCCAGUCCUUAGUCCUCAAGUUUACCCUUCACACAUUAUGGAGCUGCACAGUUCUUGGUCUGAGCUUCCUGUCCUCAGUCCUCAACAGUACACUGCAGAGGAGGCUUUGGAAGUACACGCUUCUGAAAUGCACACUGCAGACAUUGUGUCUCAGGCCCUCCAAGCUGUCACAAGCCCUAUUGCCUUCCCAACCCUCCUAGUGGAUUUGAUGAAAACAAAAUCAGCAUAUGAAUUAAACCGUGAAGGACCUCUGGGUGCCAGUGGUGUCAUCAGUUCCAAAAGUGGAUCGGUUUGUCCCAAGCUGGUAUCUUGUAGAUCUCGUUCCCUUCCUCGACUGUCAGUGACUUCACAAAACCCCAAGAAACGCUGUCGAUCUGCCAGUCCUGAGUACAGCCAGAACAAAAGGAGGAAAAUGUCUUUGGCAUCUAACAGCACUUACUGGACAGCUCUACUACAGAAAUCUCUCACAAAACCAAGGAUUAAUGACAUUAUACCGAAGAGUGAGUCUUGUUUAUUUUUUAGUAAGCUCCCCAGCCAAAGUAAUAUCUGUUCUCAUACAGACCAUGAAUCCGCUGCAGAACAGAUUCACUACCAGAAGACUCCCCAGCAGGAUUUAACCUGUAGUGAUACUUAUGUCCAGAAGCCUGCUUCAUGCACUGUGGAAAAGUUUGGUUCAGAACAGCAGACUUUGGGAACAUUUUGUGUUUCACCUCAUGUUAAACGCCCUGUUGCAGAUGUGCCUUUCUGGCCACUCCCUCCAACAUUGCAGAUUUCCGAUCCUCAUAAAGAUAAAUUUAACGAUGGAUUUUUGAGUCCCGAUAUUCAGCCUCUGGUGUUGCACCCAAUCUCAUCCGUUUGCAUUGAAUCGGCGCUCAUCCCAAACCUGGCCAAUCUCUCCCCCUCAUCAUCAGAAUCUGAUUGGGACUGUGCUCUGCUCUCACGGCUGGGCCCUACUUCAGUUGGUCCCUUGUCGGUCGCUGAGCAGAGCUGCGAGCUAGACAAGGAAAUCCUUCACAGGCCGUGCACCUGGAUGCACGACACCAGCUACGAGUCACAUUUGCACACAGUCCUUCAGCCCUCACCUCCAGCAUCUUCACUGUGUGAUGAAGAAACGGACACUUCUGCAUUUUCUAGGACUGUGGUACAGAUUGUUCAGGUUCAGCACUGAUCUUUUUCAAACAGUCACCUUCAAAACACUGAAGCUAACUGAAAGUGUAGACGUUUAAAGCAGGUGGUUUAUUGGAUAAGGAGUUGGCUUGCCGGUCUGUAGACCUGGGUUUUAAUCCUGCUCAUGCUACCUGUCUGUGUCCUUGGACAAGGCACUUCAUUUGUGUUGUCUCAGUCCACUCAGCUCUAAAUGGAUACCAGCCUUGGCUGGAGACGUACCUGCACCACACAGGUGUCCCAUCCAGGGGAAGUUCUAGAUUCUUGUCCAUUUCGUGUUACGGAAUUUGGAGAUAAACACCAGCCCAUACUCAAGGCCUAUUGGACUUAAGUGGAAGCACCUGGUGUAGGACUUUGCAGCUGUGUGCCCCCCCCUGUUAACUAGGCAGCACUUAUCAAAAUGAAUACAGAACGGUGUGGUCUAAUCUAAAUUAUAAUGUUCACUUGUGUUUGAUGAAAUGCUUUCCCCCCUCCUCCACUGUGCAGCUAUGAAUUGUAUUGUAGAUGUUGAUUUAUCUGAAAACUGUCUUGCACUGUUAUAAAUGUUCUUGCUCUCUCAUAAUCCUCCUUGUGCACUAAAAUUUGAGCCACAUUCCGCAUGCCACGCUGACUGCAGUCUUUCAGCAGCUAUGUCCGGGAACACAUGAUGGUAUUGAGAAAUUAAUGAGUCUUUUCCUGAGGGGAGCAUUACUCAAUUAAUGUAAGUGCUGUGCCUGGAUCACAUCCCAAUGGUAUUGAUGGUCAAAGAGACUGGGCGUUGGCAGAUGAGAAGACUCACCACCUGUU